GGGACCCAACUGAAGUCACUGGGCCCAAAUCUCCCAUGCCGUGGGCUGGGAAAUGACCCCACUGCCGGCAAUAAGGUGUCACCAUCAGGCCUGAGGGGGAAAUGAACUGCCAGAGCUAAUGACUCACCUCAUGCCGGGGCUUCCCGUAAGGAGCAAGUGAAAGAGACGGGUGAGGGGUGCCAGACGAGGGUAGGGAGCAGGGAAACGGGAUGAUCUUUCUGUGCCAGGGGUCUGCAGAGUGGGGAUUUACACAAUGGUACAAGUGUAUGACCAGGGGAAUCUCGAGUAGGAGUAGAGAGGAGAUUUCACCUUUGCAUUUGGCCCUGGUGCGACGGCUGCUGGAAUCCUGCGUCCAGGUCUGGUGCCCCAGUCAAGCAGGCAAACUGGAGCGGGGUCAGAGAAGAGCUGCGAGAAUGAUUGAAGGGUAUAAAACAGAGGCAACAACAUCCCCAGAUCAGCUGGAUCAACUUGAGACGAGCCUUGGAACUUGAAAUCAACUAUGGCCGCCCCGAGCAAUGAAAUGUGGCCAAGGAGCAAAGCUGCCAGAACUCGCCCCAGGGACUUCCCGGCACCGGUGAAGAUGGAGGAUCUAACCCUGGACCGAGACACGGCCCAUCCCCUGCUGGAGAUCCCAGCGGACGGGAAGGAGGUGAGAUGUGGAACUUCAGAGAACAAUGUCAGCUCCGGCCCGAAGCGAUUCGACACGGCGAACUGUGUGGUGACCAACCAGAGCUUCAGCGCGGGGCAGCACUACUGGGAGGUGUUCGUGGGCCAGAAGCGGCGCUGGAACCUGGGCAUCGUCUCGGAGCGAGCCAGGAGGCAGGGCAGAUUGAUCGAGAACAGGUCUGGUGAGGUCUGCACCGAGGGCUACUGGCUGAUCGGCUACAACCAGCAGAAGGCCGGGAAGCCGUACAAGGCGUUUGACACCAACCCGAUGGCCUUUGAGUGCAGCCCCCACCCUGAGACCAUCGGGGUCUAUCUCGAUUACAAGGGCAAGGAAGUGACCUUCUACAACGCCGAUGACCCCUGUGAUUUGAUCCCCCUGUACUCCUUCUACAACGCUGCCUUCAACGACGCCCCCGUCUACCCCUUCUUCGACCCCUGCUGGCACGACAAUGGGGGCAACACCCAGACCCUUAAAAUCCUGCAGGGUGGGGGCUGCAGUCGCUAGUGGGGGUGGGGACCAAAGCAAUCCCAGCCUUGGGGCUACCAGCUUAUACCUCGGGCUAGCCAGCUUCACUGCACUGCUCUGAGCCGCAGUAACCUCACCCAGCGACCAGGCAAAGCCGGCACGUUUAGCUCAGACAGGCCAGGGGGUUGGGAUGGGGCAGUGAAAAUGCAGCGAGUUGAGGCCAUGAGAGACUCGCUCACUCUGGUACAUUCACCCUCCUUCCCAGAGCUAUUGGAGGGGUUUUCCCUUCAGCAACCCACCCUCCUAAGCCCCGUCCUCCAAUGGGUUUGUCUUGACUAGGAUAAAAAAAUGUUUCUUACUAUCACAGUAUCUCAGGUCUGGUCUACACUGGGGGGGAAUCGAUCUAAGUUACACAACUUCAGCUACAUGAAUAAUGUAGCUGAAGUUGAUGUAGUUAGAUCUACUCACCGCAGUGUCUUCACUACGGUGAGUCGACU